AUCAAAUUCUUGUGAGUUUAUUCAGGAGACAUUUCUACACUCUAAUGGUACGCAUACGCUGGUACCUUAACGGCUUAACCCAAUAUAGACCUAAAGACGAGUAGACGACAUAAUAUCAUUUCCGAAUUGGCAAAUUGACACAAUUAAUACAGUUGAGUACCUUAAAAAGACAAAAAAAAAAAAAUGACGAUUCUGAGGUCAAUAGUCACAACAACAACCGCCAUAGCAGCCACAGCUCUACCUGCAGCUUACGUCGCAUCUUCUCUCUCCUCUUCAUCUUCUUCACCAUCUUCAUCUUCUUCCUUCUCGAAGUCUCUGGACCUUCGUUUUCUCUCUCCUCAAUCACCUUCGAGUUCAGGGGUUGCUGCUAGAUUCGGCCUUAUCAAGAGUUUCAGCUCUCCGCCUUCUGCUGUUCUAAUGGAGAAUCCUAAGGAAGAUUUGAAGUUGCCGGAAUUAAUGACAGAAUUCAUGGUGGAUAUGAAGUGUGAAGGUUGUGUUAGUGCUGUAAAGAGUAAACUAGAGACUCUAGAAGGAGUUAAGAGUGUUGAAGUGGACCUGAGCAAUCAAGUAGUUAGGAUUCUUGGUUCUUCACCCGUGGUAGCCAUGGAAAAUGCUUUGGAGCAAACUGGCCGUAAAGCACGAUUGAUUGGUCAAGGAGUACCUGAAGAUUUCCUUGUGUCUGCGGCAGUUGCCGAGUUUAAAGGUCCAGAUAUUUUCGGUGUGGUUCGCUUUGCCCAGACACACAUGGAGUUGGCCAGAAUCGAGGCCAAUAUCAGUGGGUUGCCACCUGGGAAACAUGGCUGGUCUAUAAAUGAGUUUGGUGAUCUGACUAAAGGUCCAGUCAGCACAGGGAAAGUGUACAAUCCACCAAUCCAAGGAAGUGAAAGUGAGCCAUUGGGUGACCUGGGAACAUUAGAAGUCGAUGAGAAAGGUGAAGCUUAUUAUUCAGGAAUCAAGAAGAUGCUGAGGGUUGUUGAUUUAAUUGGACGGUCCAUUGUCUUGUAUGCAUCCGAGGAUAAGUCUGAUCCUGGCCUUGCAGCUGCAGUGAUUGCAAGAAGUGCAGGAGUAGGUGAGAACUAUAAGAAGCUUUGUACAUGCGAUGGAACCACGAUCUGGGAAGCGAAGCCUGAUAUUGUCACUAGCAAAGUCUGACUGUAUCAUUAAACCAUACAACUUGUACAGAUGUAUGUGCCUUUUUAAGCAACUUACCAAUUACAGCUCCUCACAUAUGGAUUGUUGUACUACCUCCAUCUUGAUAUAGUUACACUUUUCGUUAAAAUUAUAUCAACAACUAUUUCAAUGAGGGAGUUGUACCUAAGAACAUCAGAUGUAUUGAGGAAAUACCGAAAAAAUACAAUCAUAAUAUACUCAGGUCAAUUCCAAAUAUUUUGGAUGUCUUCGAAAGAGAUUUCUUCGAAGAGAUUUGAUUGUGUCUA